AUGGACUCCCUGUUUCAUGACAUCCUUGUAUCCCGUACGUCAGUCCGGCCAAAAGCUUGCAAUCAAGUGACUGGGAGGUGCAAGGGAGGCGGUUUGGAGUCGCCUCCAACAAAUAAGCUCCACAUGUUCACUCCGGGAGAACGGAAGUUCUCCCAGAAACUCAUGGGAAUAGAGGCUUGCAACCUGCCCAAGAUCAAGUACGACGUCAUCGGACUGACCGAGACGAGACGACGUCACCCUCUCAACGUCAUAUAUGAGACUGGAGAAGAACUGUUCUUAGGAACAUGCGACAGUAGAGGUGUUGGUGGAGUUGGCGUCCUCGUCAACACGAAGACGGCAAAGAACAUCGACUCUUUCGAAUAA